UGUCAGGGCAACAAUGGAGACUGCCAGAACCGUGAAAGAUGUAUCGCCGCAUGAAUUUGUGAAAGCGUAUUCUGCUCAUCUCAAACGAUCGGGAAAGAUGGAGCUUCCCCACUGGACUGAUAUUGUGAAGACCGCUACUUUCAAGGAGCUUGCUCCUUAUGACCCCGACUGGUACUAUGUAAGAGCUGCAUCCAUGGCAAGGAAGGUUUACUUGAGGCACGGCAUUGGUGUUGGUGGUUUCCGAAAGAUCUAUGGUGGCCGCAAGAGGAAUGGUAGCCGUCCACCCCAUUUCUGCAAGAGCAGCGGUGCAAUUCCUCGUCAUAUCCUUCAGCAAUUGGAGAAGAUGAACAUCAUUGAGAUUGACCCAAAGGGUGGGAGGAGGAUCACAUCAAGUGGCCAACGUGACCUUGAUCAAGUUGCUGGGAGGAUUGUUGUUGCUGCCCCCUGAGUGCUUUUUUGAGGUUGUUUUUGGAGUUCUCAUUUAGAUGGGUUCAAGGGUUGUAGCUGUGGAGAGUAUUUUUAAGACAAUUUAAUCCCCACAAUUUUCUUUUGAGUAUUUGAAAGGUACAACGUAGUUUUAGUUUGAAUUUCAUUUUGUUUUUUCUGGU